AUGAAAUUCAAUCAGCCAAAGAGAAUAACAGAAGAGGAAUAUAUUGCUGAAACUAAUAACUGUAAUAAUUUCGUUAAUCGUUUUCGAUACGAUGCCUACACAGUGAUUGAAGAAGAAAAAGAGUUUCCGAUAGCAUUUAGUAUUUUGACAUUUAAAGAUGUUGAUCAAACUGAACGUUUGCUUCAUUCAAUCUAUCGCCCCCAUAAUUUCUAUUGUAUCCACAUAGACAACAGCUCUUCAGAAGAAUUGCAUAAAGCCUUGAGGAAGAUAGCUAAUUGUUUAACCAAUGUUUUCAUUGUUUCAAAGACUGAAGACGUGAUUUACAACCAUGUAUCGAGGCUGAGAGCUGAUAUUAAUUGUAUGACUGAUCUCUUGUCAAAGUCAAACAAAUGGAAAUAUUUCAUUAAUUUACCUCAUCAACAAUUUCCUUUGAAAACAAAUUUAGAAAUGGUAAAAAUACUGAAAAUUUACAACUGUGCUAAUGAUAUUGAAGGAAUUAAAAGCAGACUCAAAUAUUAUCGCUUUAAAUACAGUUAUGAAUAUAUCAAUAAUACUUUGAAGCGUAUUGGUCCGAAAAAUGGAAAGUUACCAUUCAAUGCAAAUUUUGUAAAAGGCAGUGCAUAUGGUAUAUUUAGUCGUGAAUUUGUCAAAUAUGUGAUAUACGACAAAAAAGCUAAAGCCGUGUUAAAGUAUAUGGAGGACAUUGAGAGUCCCGAUGAAUAUUACUGGGCAACAUUGAAUCACAACGAUAUUCUGAAAGCUCCUGGGCGCUUCAUAGGUGAGAUAACCAAUAUUGUAGCAUUGUUGUGUUACGCUUUCCAAUAA